AUGAAUGAGGAUUUUGCUUAUAGCUUGUGGAGAACUCCGGAGAUUGAUUUUUCUUUUUCCAAUUCGAUAGGAAGAUCGGGUGGGUUGAUCACGCUAUGGAAGAAAAAUAGUAUGGAUGUUCAUCAUAGCUUUAAAGGGGAAGGUUAUUUGGGUAUCAAAGUGAGGUGGAAGGAAGACUUUUAUUAUGUUGUAAAUGUUUAUUCAUCUUGCGACAUGAAUAAGAAGAAGGCUUUGUGGGAUAAAUUAUUAGACUUGAAGAAGGUGUUUAACGAUGGGGAAUGGAUUAUAGGAGGUGAUUUCAAUGCGGUUAAGAACGGUAGGGAAAGAAGAGGGAGAGCGGUUGGGGUUCUCAAGAAGGAGGUGGAGCUUUUCACGGAGUUUAUUCUCAUGAGGGGUUUGGUAGACAUUCCGUGCAAAGAGAAGAAAUAUACUUGGUUUGGUGGAGAUGGUAAGGCGAUGAGUAGGAUUGAUCGUUUCUUAUUAUCAAAUGUUGUGGUGAAUCGGUGGGAUGUUAUCGGGCAAAUGGUGGGUGAUAGAGAUAUUUCGGAUCAUUGUCCUAUUUGGGUGAUGACGGAAAAAUAUAAUUGGGGGCCGAAACCGUUCAAAUUCAACAACGAAUGGUUUUCCUUUGAUUCCUUUAUUCCUUUCGUGGAAAAGGAGUGGAAGUCUUUGAAAGUGGAAGGAAGAGGAGAUUUUGUGUUGAAAGAAAAACUUAGACUUUUAAAAGACAAACUCAAGAAGUGGAACAAGGAAGUUUUUGGCAAGAUCGACUUGGAUAUUGAGGAAGGCGUCCAAGAUAUUAAUCUUGCCGAUGAAAGGUUAGCUUCUUUUUCUAAUGUCUUUUCUUCUAAUUCAUUAGAGGAAAAUGUGGUUAAUAGAAAAGAGGCGACGAGCACCUUUUGGCGGAAUUUGAGGAUAAAAGAAAAUAUGCUCCUCCAAAAGUCCAAGUUGUAG